AUGAAAGCUAUUCAGAUUUUGGGCAGCCAAGAUGACCACAAUGUUAUUCUCUCAAACUCUCUACCACGGCCAAUUCCUACCGGAAAUCAGGUUCUUAUCAAGGUCCACGCAGCUGGGAUCACGGCUGACGAAAUCAUCUGGCCUGAGUUAUAUGCUUCUCCCAACAGAGUUCCUGGGCAUGAUAUAUCGGGCACAGUCGAAUCCCUCGGAUCCCAGUAUGAGGGACCUCUAUCUCUUGGGCAAAACGUUUAUGCUAUGAUUGAUGCAGAGGCUCCUCAGGGUGGCCAGGCAGAAUACGUAAUUGCUAUGCCGAAUGAGAUAGCUAUCAAGCCCUCAUCCAUUUCUCAUGCGGAAGCAGCAGCAAUUCCCAUCCCGGCAUUGACAGCUUGGGAAGCACUCUUCAAGCGCACGAAUCUGGAUCACGGCAGCAAAAUCCUUGUAACAGGCGCCUCAGGAGCUGUUGGUGUUAUGUUUGUACAGAUCGCAAAGAAGCUUCUCAGUGCAGAGGUCAUCGCCCUAGCUUCUACUUCAAGCAACACUAUGUUAGCAGAAUUAGGGGCAAACCAGGUCGUGGACUAUAACAAUCUUAAUUGGCACCAAGGGAUUCACGACGUGGAUGCAGUUUUUGACACUGUUGGUGGAGAAAUAUUGACCAAGACUUGGAGUACGGUGAAGAAAUCUGGCAUCGUUGUAACAGUAGCAGAUCCAGCCCCUAAAUGGGCUUUCGGCAGGGGACAGCCUGAAGAACUGCAAGACCAUCCGGAAGUUAGGUGGCUACACUUUAUCCUUUCCCCAGACGGCGAUACCCUUUCCAGGGUGGCCUCGCUUAUAGACGAUGGCACUCUGAAACCCAUUCCUGUUGUGGCUUUCGAGGCGGAACGAGCGAUUGAGGCUUGGAAAUUUGCAGCACAAAGAGGCAGGAAAGGAAAAGCGGUACUCGAAUUCGUUGCUGAAAAGUAA